AUGAAUGGCACAUCUUCAUACGAAAAGGAGCGCAGCGUGCCACCGCCAUCAAUGGGCUUGUCAUUGAUCACGCCCAAAAAAUUGAUUGACAAGCGCGGGGAAUUUAUCCUUAGACACGGGGGUUUCCUCCACAUUGAGUGUUCGCUCUUUGAGUCGCCGUGA